AUGCUCAUCUUUUCGGCAUUCAAGACCCUCACAGGACAACAGGUCACCAUCGAGCUCAAGAACGACCUCGCCAUCCAGGGCACGCUCAAGAGUGUUGAUCAGUUCUUGAACUUCAAGAUCGACAACAUUCGCGUGCUCGAUGAAGCGAAACAUCCUCACAUGAUGGCUGUCAAGUCAGCCUUCAUUCGAGGCUCGGUCGUUCGAUACGUCCACAUCCCCGCUGCCGCCGUCGACACACAACUGCUCGAAGACGCGACAAGAAGAGGUUCGAGGUUCGAGGUUCAAUAUUGGCGGCCCCACAUAGGGGCCUAUCAGUUCUUCAGUCCAAUGGACUACAUCUUGUGUGGCGGCUGCGACGUUGCCUUACCACGGUUUCAGACGACGACCCGUUCCGUAGACGACGAAACCCCACUCUUGCACCGCCUUUGCCUGUUUAACGACCCUGCCAAACCAUGUGUUCCGAGUCGGACCCCCCCAUACCUCCAAGGGGGCACUAGCUUGGCCCCGGGCUCCCUGGCCCGUACGUUGAGGACUUCCGAGAGGGGUGAAGAGAAGAGAGAAGGAGGGAUUCGUCGAUUCGGGCUGCUACUUAUCUUUCCGCCCUUGAACCCCUGA